AUUUGGUGGUUACUUCUUCGUCGUCUUCCUCGUUCUCCGGAAACAAAAAAAUAAUAACCCUGAAUAGUUUGUGUUUAUUCAGCCAUGGGAGACGAUAAGAGAGAUCAAAAGCUCUCUUCUUAUUUGAAGGCUAAAACGUUUUCACAUUUUUCGUUUUAUUGGCUAACCUGGAAGCUAAUAUUGUUAACCCUGGCCAUUCUUUUCUCAGUUCAAUUCGUUUUCUACCCUCUUAAUUUGAUCUCCUCUUCUUCUCAAACCCGAUCUCUGAUCAAAUUCGCUGUUUCACCUGUCGGAUCCGGACCCGGAUCGGGUCAAAACCCGGAGCAAACGGAGCUCAAGCACGUCGUUUUCGGAAUCGCCGCGUCUGCGAAGCUCUGGAAACACCGUAGAGACUACGUGAAGCUCUGGUGGAGACCAAACGGUGAGAUGAACGGCGUCGUCUGGUUGGACACUCACAUUGGCCAAAACGACAACGCUUCGACCACAUUACCUCCGAUCAGAAUCUCCUCCGACACGUCGAGGUUCAAGUAUAGAUACCCGAAGGGUCUGCGGUCGGCGAUCAGAAUCACGAGAAUCGUGUCGGAGACGGUGAGGCUCUUGAACGGAACAGAGUCUGAGAAAAACGUGAGGUGGAUUGUGAUGGGAGACGACGACACUGUGUUUUUCCCGGAGAAUCUUGUCAAGGUUCUGAGAAAGUACGAUCACCAACAGUUCUAUUACAUCGGAAGCUCGUCGGAGAGUCAUAUUCAGAAUCUCAAAUUCUCUUACGGGAUGGCCUAUGGAGGAGGAGGGUUCGCCAUUAGCUAUCCGUUGGCUAAAGCGUUGGAGAAAAUGCAAGAUCGUUGUAUUCAGAGAUACUCGGAGUUGUACGGCUCCGACGAUCGGAUUCAUGCUUGUAUGUCGGAGCUCGGUGUUCCUUUGACCAAAGAAGUUGGCUUUCACCAGAUUGAUUUAUACGGGAAACUUCUGGGCCUGUUAUCAGCACAUCCUCUGGCUCCUCUAGUAUCGAUCCACCAUUUGGACUUGAUUGAUCCAGUAUUCCCAAACAUGGGCCGAGUCAACGCCAUGCAACGUUUCAUGGUCUCAGCAAGACUCGACUCAGCGAGCCUCGCACAGCAAUCAAUCUGCUACGACCCGGCGCACCGGUGGACCGUGUCUGUCUCCUGGGGAUACACGGUUCAGAUCAUACGUGGCGUGUUGUCAGCUAAAGAGAUGUUGAUCCCAACGCGCACGUUCAUCGACUGGUACAAACGCGCCGACGAGAAGAGCUAUGCUUUUAACACUCGUCCUAUCAGCAAGAGCCCGUGUCAGCGUCCGCGCGUGUACUACCUCUCCAACGCGCUUCCUGAUUUGGCUUCGCACAGAACCGCGAGCGAGUACGUGAGGUGGUACGACAUGUGGGAUCCUGAAUGUGACUGGGAUAUGUCGGAUCCUUCUGAAAUCGAACGGGUCAUUGUUUAUAAGAAACCCGACCCGGAUAGAUGGGAUAAACAUAGGGCUCCGAGAAGAGAUUGUUGUAGAGUAUUGCCUACGAAGAAGAAUGGGACGAUGGUGAUCGAUGUAGGAGCUUGUAAAGAUGGUGAAAUUGUUGAAUUCCCUGUGAAGUAGAACUAUAUUUAUUUUUUUAUUUUUUCUUUCUCUUGUUAUCGAUCUCGUUUUGAGAUUCACUUCACACAUGUCAUAGAGAAAAGACAAAAAUUUUGAAUUUUCGAGCU